GCGUUCGUCGUCGCGCGAUCAUCAGCACAAUCGUAGUCGUCGUCGUCGUCGACGGUGACGACGACAAAACUCCACGGAGCGUCGUCGUCGUCACGGCGAAAACGGAAAUAUUUUUUGAUGUGAUUUAAAAAUCCGGAGGACAGAAUUAAGAUGUUAAUGCAUUCUCCAUAUCUAAGCUGUAUUGUAAACUAAUCGCAAGAUGUUGACCUGCAUCAAUUUAAUUGUAAUUACGCUGAUACAUAUCGCCGCAACACGUCCGAAUUUUUUACUGAUCAUUGUCGACGAUCUAAGGACCGCUUUGGGAUGUUACGGUGAUAUUAAUGCAUAUACGCCGUAUAUAGAUGCCUUGGCCAAAGAUAGUAUCAUUUUUACCGAGGCAUUCGCGCAGCAAGCCUUGUGCGCGCCCAGCAGAAAUUCAUUUCUGACAAGUAAAAGACCAGAUACUCUUCGGCUUUAUGAUUUUUACAGUUAUUGGCGUGAAAAAGUUGGUAAUUAUACCACGUUACCGGAGCAUUUGAAAAACAAUGGAUACACUACAAUGUCCAUAGGAAAAGUAUUUCAUCCAGGUAUAAGUUCUAAUGGAUCAGACGACAGUCCUUAUUCGUGGACCGAGAAGCCUUUUCAUCCAUAUACAGAUCGGUACAAAAAUGCUCCCGUUUGUAAGACAAACCCGCAAUCGGAAGCAGCUACGAAUAUUGUAUGUCCGGUACGUGUAUCAGCCAUGCCAAAUAAAACAUUACCCGAUAUCGAGACAUUACGAGAAGCGAGGAAAUUCAUACAUGAGCACAAAGGAGAUGGCAAUCCCUUCUUUCUUGCUGUCGGUUUUCAAAAGCCUCACAUACCGUUGAAGUAUCCUGAACGCUAUCUAAAAUAUCAUCCUAUAUGGAAGUUCAAAAUGCCCGAGCCGUACCUAUGGCCGAAUAAUGUAAAUAACGUCGCUUAUAAUCCCUGGACCGACCUACGAUGGAGGAAGGAUAUGGCGAAAUUGAAAUUGAAAUUUCCAUGGGAAAGGAUACCAGAGAAGUAUGGGAAACUAAUUAUCCAAUCGUACUAUGCAGCCGUAUCUUACGUCGACAAUAUGAUCGGCAAGCUUAUACACCAGCUACAUGUUUCGAGGAUUCGAGAGAAUACUAUCGUAAUAUUAACAUCGGAUCACGGUUGGGCACUUGGAGAGCACGCUAUUUGGUCUAAAUAUAGUAAUUUCGACGUUGCUGUACACGUACCUCUGAUAAUAUCGAUUCCGACAGUCACGUUUGAUACUGAUAAUUACGCUAGAUCUAUGCAUAAUGGAAGAUAUAAUAUAACGCACAUUAUUACAAAUUAUGAUGAAAUGAGAGAUAAAACAGAUUCGAAGUACAUGAUAUCUGAUGAAAGGGAAAUCGGCAUUUGGAGAAAUACAAAAUAUAUUACAAAAGGGUAUAAAAGAAUGAUCUUGGAGACUUACGUUCGACAAAGAUAUAAGAAAUCUGUAAAAAGCAGCACGUUACAUAUGUCUAAAAAGCUGAAAAGAAAAUAUUGUCGAGUUACGAAUGCUAUCGUAGAACUCGUAGAUAUAUUUCCGACGAUUGCGGAUCUGGCGGGUGUUCCCGUGCCAAUAUGUCAAAAUGUCAAUGAAAAUUAUCGAAUGCGCUCAAAAACUAUCACUAUUUCUCGAAAGAAAGCAUCCGAUCCUUGUAGCGAGGGUUUUACGCUCCUACCACUCGUAGAAAGUACGUUAAGAUGUCAGAAUGUAUCUUGGAAAAGAGCAGCCUUCAGUCAAUAUCCGAGACCAGGAAUACAGCCUACGCUUCGUCCCAACAGUGAUAAACCUCGUUUGAAGGAGAUAACUAUAAUGGGUUACACUUUGAAAACUAGCAAUUAUCGUUACACAGCGUGGAUACCAUUUGCGCACGAAACAUGUAAACCAGAUUGGGACAUUAUUAUCGCAGAAGAAUUAUACGAUCACAGAACUGAUCGGGCGGAAGAUUUUAAUAUAGCAGCCUCGCUGAAAAUGUUAAACACGAAGAAAUAUCUUAGAUCGUUGUUAAAAAAUGGAUGGAGAAACGCUCUUCCAAGAUACUAAAAAUUUUAGGAUAUAUCAAAGCAAUGUUUAAUACCUCUCUAUGUGUUAUAUCUCUAUCUUAAAUAUUUAUGAGAUUUAUAUCUCUCUCUCUCUCUCUCUCUCUCUCUGUGUGUGUGUGUGUGUGUGUGAUAUGAAAUCAAUAAAUUAUUGAUUAUUAAUACAAUUAACAUAGUAAAAAAACAAAUAUGUAAUAUGAGUGCUCCUAUUCUGUUUGCCAUAAAAAAAGUAAAUAAAUAUAUAGAAUAUUUGUUGUAAAUGUAUGUGUAUAUAUCUAUAAAAAUGUUUGGAAAAUAGAUACUCUAUAUAUACACAUCUAAUAAAUAUAUAUCUAAUGAAACAGAAAAAUGAAAAUAGAUUCAAAUGUACUUUAAUUGAUGGAUUAAAAAACUGUAAUGGAUUAAAAAA